UCUCAGCUAAGUAUCUAGACACCAUGAAGUUCUUCGAUAUAUUAAUAAGUGGAAUAUUAGUGUGUUCUUUUGUCACAGUAUCAACUUCUUCUCGUAUCGCUCCCGUUAUACAAGUUCAAGAGAAUUUUGCUCAGCGGAUUAAUGGAACAGAUACAAGAAUUAUUGGUGGAUAUGAAGCUAAAAAAGGGCAGUUUCCUUAUCAUGUAAGGGUUGUGGCAUUUAGAGGGUUCUUCGAUGAAGUCCGUGUGCACAGAUGCGGAGGGAGUAUCGUUGCGUUAGAUUGGGUCCUUACAGCUGGUCACUGUUACGUAGAAAACACGGAUCCAUAUGAUCCCAUCACGUACGAGAUUGAAGCAGGUUCUGUGGUGUCUGGUGAACCAUAUCAGAGAGAUCGUGUGCCCUAUGCAAAUGCCUAUCGUCAUCCAAAGUACGAUAUAUCCACUUUAGAGUUUGACGUUGCUCUGCUCAAAACCACCAAGAAAUUUGUUCUGGAUGCUUAUGUGGAUGUUGUUGAUAUGUCUUUUGCACCACCAUCAGCAACAUUCAUUGGGAAGACACUAACAGUAGCUGGUUUUGGAUAUAUUACGAACGACGGACCAGUAUCACCUGUUCUCAAGUGGACCAAACUCACAAUGAUUCCAUGGGAUGAAUGCUAUCCCCACUACACAGGUGGUAUCCCCGUUACUUGCUUCUGUGUACAGGAUAAGAAUCCUCCAGUACACACAAGUUGCGGUGGAGAUUCUGGAGGAGCUAUAGUGUAUUAUGUUGACGGGGUACCAAAACAACUUGGAUUGGUAUCUUUUUCAAAUGAAAAUGGAUGCGAGAUAUCUCCGCCGGGAUAUGCAGAUCUAACACAUAAAGAAAUUCGUGAUUGGAUCAUUAAAAUAAUGCUUAGAAAAUAA